AGCGCCGCCGCUCGAGCGUGAGAUUGGUAUCUCUUAGAACAUCGCCGUCAACAUGCCAUCUGCCACUCAGCUCCCAGUCAUUCUGUAUCAUUACGAUGCUUCGCCCGUGGCCAGAAAGGUCAAGCACAUCCUCGCUAUCAAGAGGAUACCUCACUACAGAGUCGAGAUCCCCAUGACAUUGCCACGCCCCGACCUCGCGGACCGACUAGGCGUGAAGUAUCGCCGCAUACCCGUUCUGGCAAUCGGGGGAGACGUCUAUUGCGAUAGCAGCCUCAUUGCCAACGUGCUGGAACGCAAUUUCACUCCUGAACAGGGGUUUGGUACAAUCUUCCCGAAACGCAAGGGAGGAGGUACCGCAGAUACUGGGAUGAUCAAGGCCUUUGCAAUGAGUUACGGGGAUCGCACGCUCGGUGCCAUUGCAACUCAAAUGCUGCCCUAUCAUAAGUUCAAGCCCGACUUCUUGGACGAUCGGAGCAAGUGGUUUGGGAAGAAGGUGGAUCCUCAGGCGAUCCUGGCAGGCCAGCCUGCGGCAGCUAGUGCGCUAUCAUCUCAUUUGGCGCUCGUUGAAGAACAGCUCUCAGACGGUCGCGAAUGGCUCAUGGACACCGAGACACCAAGUCUUGCAGACAUAUCCGUUCAUUACGUCUGGGAAUGGAUGUUGGCGUUCAGGCCGUUAAGUUACCUCAAGAAAGAACUGUUUGAUGAAUCUCAGUUUCCUGCGACCCUCGCAUGGAUCUCACGGAUGUCGGUAUACAUUGCCAAAGAAGAUGCUGCGCAUAAGGGUGUCCUGGAUAACGUCUCUGGCGAGCGGGCUGCGGAACUGAUCACUUCAUCGGAAUCUGCGGACCUCAACGUUGUUGGCUUUGACGAAGUUGAGGCGGCCAGACUGAAGGUCAAGCUGGGGGAGACAAUUGCGGUUACGCCCACUGAUAAUGGCAAAGUCCCCACCGUGGGUAAGCUCAUUGGGCUCACGAAGGAAGAAGUGGCCAUUGAGACGCGGGGUUCUUCUGGGAAGCCGGUGCACUGCCAUUUCCCUAGGUUGUACUAUUCGGUCGUAUCAGAGACUCGGGUAUCCAAGCUCUGAUUCCUUUCCCUUGCGAUGGUUCCAUGGCACCCUGGAAAUGAGCCUGGAACGUUAUAUUGGAAUUCAUUGCCGCUAGAACCUAGCACGUUUGCCUCGCUGUCGGACCGUACUUUGACAUUUCGUCCGUCGCCGUGUACGUACACACUACGACGACCGCUCAC